CUCGGUAUCACACGUUCUGAUCAUAUCCAUUUCAUUCUUUCUUCACUACUCGUUUUCUCAACAACUUCCAAAUUCCCCAUAAGAUCCGCCUCAAACUCCCUGUGCCUGCUACUACUAUUUCUCUUCUAUUAUUAUACUUAAUACAUAUACUUGCAUUUUAUUUAGUAGUGAUAUUCCAAUUAACUUAUACAUAUACUUGCUUUUUAUUUAGUAGUGAUAUUCCAAUUCCGUAUACUUUGGUAAUGCAUGGCUUCCAUUCGAAUUCGACAUUCUCGGCUGCUUGUUUAUAUGGUGGUGAUGGCGGUUGCGGUAGAGAUGGUGAUGGUGUCUGAAAUAGGCUGUAAAGCCUCCAGUGUGGGCCAUAUACCAUCUACUAGUGAAGAAAGUCAGGAGUACGACGAGUUUAAGGACAAAUCUCAGGAAGCACAGCACAAGGCCAAGGAGACAGCAAAAGACGCCAAAGAAGCUUCGGAGUCAUGGAGUGGAUGGGCCAAGGACAAAAUCUCUGAAGGACUUGGUUUCAAACAAGAUGAGGCCAAACAUACCGCAAGAAAAGCUUCUGAUGCAGCUUAUGGCACUGCCAAGAAGACCAAGGACAAGAUUCAGGAAGUGGCUUCUGAAGCUGGUCAAUACAGCGCAGAAAAGGCAAGAAACCUGAAGGAUGCAGCGGGUGAAACAGUGAAUGCAGCAAAGGGGAAGAUGCAUGAUACUACGGAUGCAGCAAAGCACCAGGCUUGCGAAACCAAAAACAAGGCUGGCGAAACCAUUUCAGCGGCAAAGGAGAAUAUCUACGAAGCCGCGGAUGCUGCCAAGGACAAAGCCUAUGACGGUUCACAGACGGCCAAGGACAAAGCCUAUGAGGCUUCCCAGGCUGCAAAGGAGAAGGCAUAUGAUUCUUCCCAGGCUGCAAAGGAGAAGGCGUACGAGACCACUAGGGCAGCAAAGGAGAAGGCAUACGAGUCCACUACGGAAGCCAAGGAAGCGAGGGACAAAGCAUCCCACAAGGCAGAGGAGGCAGCGGAACAGGCUCCUCUGGAGGCAGAGGAAGCAAAAGAGGCAGCAAAGCAAAUGGGAAAAGGUGCAGUAGAGGAAGGCAAGAGGCAGCAAGCAGAGGCAGAGGAACAGACAAGUUGGGCUGAAGAGAGAGCGAAGGAAGGUUAUGAAGCCGCAAAGAACAAAGCUGAUGAGACGGUGGAGGCUGCCAAGCACAAGACUAAGCAGAUUAAAGAUAAAAUUACUGGUGCUGGUGGAUCAGGUCGGGAUGAGGAGCUCUAAGCUAAUGUUUUACUUAAUUUGUUUUAAUUUUAUUGUAGGAAAGAUAUAAUAUGCCUUUGUGGUACAUAGGCAUAGGAGGAUCGUCUUUGGUUUCCUGAUCGAUUUAGUGUAUUAGUGUUUGCUUUGCUGCAUGCAUGUUUUAGCUCUUUUUUUUGUGUUUUUUGUCUUGUCUCGCUCGCAACAUAUUCUAUUUUGAUGUAUUCAACUGUCGUUUUCUCCAUCGUA